CUCCUCUAGAUCUUCUUUCUUUGCUUUACUCCCUUCGAAAGCUGGUCAUUGCGCAGGCGAAACCAGAAGAAUCGGGGAGGCUGGCACAGACAGACGUGAGAAAUACGCCAAUUCUCCAUCGUUGUGUUCAAGUCAUUCGGAUGGGAAUGGAACUGCAAAACGCUUCCCCUGUCUUGGUUUUACAGGGAUCACAGCAAAGCCGGGGCUCAGCAACUAUGGCAACUGGUGCGGAGUCAAAACCAAAGAAGAAAAUCUGCUGUGCUUGCCCGGACAGUAAAAGGCUGCGAGAUGAAUGUAUAGUAGAGCACGGUGAAUCGGCUUGCACAAAAUGGAUUGAGGCUCACCGUCUGUGCCUGCGUUCUGAGGGGUUUAAUGUUUGAAACUGAUGAGCAAGAAAAGAAUAUAGAAAAAGAAGAAACUGGGAUAGCAAUUAAGUAGGUUUUGGGAAAUGGAUACAGAUUUUGGAGCACACUAGACUUUUACCAACGUUAUAUAAAUGAUACUCGAAUUUUUGAAUAAAGAGAAAGGGAAACUGAUUGCUAGCUAGAUGGUCAUGCAAUGCAUAAUUAAUUUGUAAUUUUUAACUGGGAGGUUUCCCUCUCAAUACGGUUGAAAGUGGAAGGUCCGAAUGCAGAUUGCAUUGUUUUGCUCAAAUCAAUUUGUACUUUGUCGGCAUACAAGUGCUGUAAAUCAAUAAAUCCCCUGCUACUUGGGUUGUU